AUGCAUUGGUACUGCGUCUGGCUCGUGGCGAUGCUCGUUGCUUGCGAUUUACUCGUCACGGGUGCUCAAGCAGAAUUCCCUUCGGUGGCUUCGCUCGAUCAUGCUCCUCUGGCGCGCAAGCGUGUCAGCGUCGACGGCGGGAGACAGCUGAGAUCUGUCCCCGACUCGAGCGAGACGGAAGAGAACGGUGUGUGGUCGUGGAUCGUGAAACACUACCAAAUGAAGGCGUGGGUCGCCAACGGAACGCCCCCCAAGCAGGUCAUGAAGGAGCUGGGACUAUUAGGAUUGCGAGGAAACGCCCUCACAACCCAUCCGAACUACGAGCGCUAUCUCCAGUUUGAGCGCAAGGUGAUGAAGGAUGCGAUUUAUGAAGGCGUUGAUACGAUAACGCUCUGGACGAAGUGGAAUUUGGGGCAGAUGUCGGAGGCUGAACGACAGACAUUCGCACUCUACAAGGAGUACGCGACGCUGUACGACAAGCUCUAUUACGCGAAUAGAAACUCCUUUGUGGACGAGCUCCCGAUCUUAACCAGAUCAACCCCAGGCGAGAUGGAGGUGAAGUUGGACAUUUGGGCCGAGUUGAUUAGAUCCAACAAGUACGUGCACGAAAUGUUGGGAUUGACAGGCAAGCCAGAAAAGGUCGUGAUGGCCAACCCGUACUACAAACGCUUUUUUGAGCUGACCAGCAGCAAACAGUAG